AUGGCGGGACAGCCGGAUAUAUCGUCCAUCCUGGCCGCACUUGCGGCUCAACAGCCUUCGGCCCCGCAAGGACAACCAGGCCAACCUGGCCAACCUCUUCAAAACCCGCAGACGCAGCAACCUGGGCCAUCGGGUUAUGGUUUACCUAACCCCGGUGCUGGUGGCUAUGGGCUUCCGCCGCCGACCAAUACAGGUGCCCUUGACUUGAGUGCUAUCAAACCUGUCAACUCCGGCUCUGUGUCCAUUGCGGAUGCGAUUGCGAAGGCCCGUGGCAUCGCUGCAGAAAAGGGUCUCGCUUAUGACUCAGGACGCGCUUCGACGGGGCCUCGGUCAUACCGACGCUCACGAUCCAGAUCCCGGACCCCUCCUCGUCAAAGCUUCCGGGACAACUACAAUCCUUACCGAGACGAACGGCGCGGCGGUGAUCGUCGCGACCCUUACCCCCGCCGUGAUCGCUCGAGGUCCCCCCCCGGACGUGGCCGCGAAAAUUUCUCGCCUCCCGGAAGAAGCUAUGGCCAUCGCGAUCGGGAUGAUGGACGCGCUGACGACAAUUCGGAGGUGAUCGUCAUUGAUUCCACCUUGGUCGGCCUCGUCAUUGGCAGACAAGGGGAAAAUCUGCGACGAGUGGAAGCCGAGACUGGAGCCCGAAUUCAAUUUCUCACCGGACCCGAAUCCGCGGGACCCAGGAGACAGUGCAGGAUCUCGGGAACGCCUCGCCAGCGCCAAGACGCCACACGGGAAAUCGAUCGCAUCAUUGAAGAAAGCCCGCAGGGUGGUGGAAAGCCUCGAGAGCCCAGAGGGGAGCCCGCGAGAGAGAUGCCACGUGCGCAACCGCAAGUCUCCAAGGGCCUCCCGCAGCCUCUUCGAGAGGGAGAAAAGAGCAUCCAGAUCAUGGUUCCCGAUCGUACCGUGGGCCUCAUUAUUGGACGGGGAGGGGAAACCAUCCGCGACUUGCAGGAUCGCAGCGCCUGCCACGUGAAUAUCCUAGGAGAAGACAAGAGUGUGAACGGCCUUCGACCCGUCAAUCUUAUUGGGAACGCAGAAUCCGCUCAAAAGGCCCAGGACCUGAUUAUGGAGAUCGUCGACAGCGACACGCGCAAUCUGUCCCAGGGUGGUCAGCCUCCCAGAGACACGGGUCGAAUCGGUCAUGACCUUCAAGACUCGACGGGAAAGGUGAACGAAACCAUCCAAAUCCCAUCCGAGGCUGUCGGCAUGGUCAUCGGCAAGGGUGGUGAGACGAUCAAAGAGAUGCAGAACUCCACCGGAUGCAAGAUCAACGUGACGCAGCCGUCCGGUGCGGACAUUGAACGUGAAAUCGGCCUGGUAGGUUCAAUGCAAGCUAUCGAAGCCGCGAAAAAUGCUAUUUGGGAAAAAGUCGAUGCAGUGCGUGAAAAGAACGGUGGUGGAGGUGGAGGUGGUCGCCGCAGCGGAAGACCGCCCAGUGAUCACUUCGAUGCAUACUCACAACCGCAGCAAUCACAACAGCAGUCAUAUGCGCAGCCCGAAGCCGGCUACAUGAUGCCGCAACAAGCACAGGCCGCUCCUGCCGGGAUGCCUAGUGCCGACCCUGCUAGUGAUCCGUAUGCUGCGUGGGGUGGCAUUCAGAACUACUACCAGAUGUACUACGCCUACCAAGCGCAAGCCGCUCAACAGGGUCAGUUGCCCGGUCAGACCCCCGGUCAGGAUCAGACAAAACCGCCCGGCACCGCUUAG